CAACAGUAUCUAACAACAAACAAGCAACAAGACAAUAGAUCUCAUGUUUCGGGUAUAAAUUACCAGUUUAAAUCACCAACUCUACAUUCAGUGGUAACAUCUUGCCUUGGUUAGCUUCAACUCUACCUGCAAGAUUCCUUGUCAGUUUUAACUUUGUUCAGUUUCAACUUGUAUAAACCUUCAAUAUGCGUGAGUGUAUCUCUAUCCACAUUGGUCAAGCUGGUGUCCAGAUGGGCAAUGCCUGUUGGGAGUUGUACUGUUUAGAACAUGGUAUCCAACCUGAUGGUCAGAUGCCUUCUGAUAAAACUAUUGGAGGUGGAGACGAUUCUUUCAACACUUUCUUCAGUGAGACUGGAGCUGGUAAACAUGUUCCAAGAGCUGUAUUUGUUGAUCUGGAACCAACAGUUGUAGAUGAAGUCCGAACUGGUACUUACCGUCAACUCUUCCAUCCUGAACAACUCAUCACUGGUAAAGAAGAUGCUGCCAAUAACUACGCUCGAGGUCACUACACAGUUGGCAAAGAGAUCAUUGAUUUGGUUCUUGACAGAACCAGGAAGCUGGCUGAUCAAUGCACUGGUCUUCAAGGAUUCCUCAUCUUCCAUAGCUUUGGUGGAGGAACCGGAUCUGGUUUCUCUUCCUUGUUGAUGGAAAGACUGAGCGUCGAUUACGGCAAAAAAUCAAAGUUGGAGUUCGCUGUUUAUCCUGCUCCACAAAUUUCAACUGCUGUAGUAGAACCAUACAAUUCUAUCCUUACAACCCAUACCACACUAGAACAUUCUGAUUGUGCCUUCAUGGUGGACAACGAGGCUAUCUAUGACAUCUGUCGAAGAAACCUAGACAUUGAAAGGCCAACCUACACCAACCUAAACAGACUGAUUGGUCAAAUCGUCAGCUCCAUUACUGCUUCACUCCGAUUUGAUGGUGCAUUAAAUGUCGAUCUUACUGAGUUCCAGACCAACUUGGUUCCAUACCCACGCAUCCAUUUCCCAUUGGCUACCUAUGCUCCAGUCAUUUCUGCCGAGAAAGCCUACCAUGAACAACUUUCUGUUGCUGAAAUCACCAAUGCUUGUUUCGAGCCAGCCAAUCAGAUGGUUAAAUGUGAUCCUCGUCAUGGUAAAUACAUGGCUUGUUGUAUGUUGUACCGAGGUGAUGUUGUUCCUAAGGAUGUCAACGCUGCUAUUGCAACCAUUAAAACCAAAAGAACAAUCCAAUUUGUUGACUGGUGCCCAACUGGUUUCAAAGUCGGUAUCAACUACCAACCACCAACUGUUGUACCAGGAGGUGACUUAGCCAAGGUCCAGAGAGCUGUUUGUAUGUUGAGUAACACAACUGCUAUUGCUGAAGCCUGGGCUCGUCUUGAUCAUAAAUUUGAUCUGAUGUAUGCCAAGAGGGCUUUUGUUCAUUGGUAUGUUGGUGAAGGUAUGGAGGAAGGUGAAUUCUCUGAAGCUAGAGAAGAUUUAGCUGCUCUGGAGAAAGAUUAUGAAGAAGUUGGAGUUGAUUCUGUUGAAGGUGAAGGAGAAGAAGAGGGAGAAGAAUUUUAAACUGAAACUAAAUGUAAUUAUUUCUGAAUAAAUAAUUCAAAUC